UCUUCUAUAAAUGAGUCACAUUCCACCUUCCCUUACCUCCUAAUUCUCUCAUUUUCUUCUUCAUCUUUUCAAUUCUGCUUCUUUUCCAUCUUUCUCACCAUAGAGGGUGACUAUGGAGGACAUGGGUUCGUUGUGGACUACCUAUCCAGAGAUCAUUGAUGAUUUGAAGAAGAAGCUUCUUUACACUACCCUUGAGCUUGAAACAAUAAAGAAUUUAGCAACAGAGAGUCAAGAAAAUGUGAAGAAUCUACUUAAUCUACUGAAGGUUGCGUACCAAGAAAGGGAUGAUGCCAGAGACCAGCUGCACAAGAUCUUCAACAAAAUCACUACUUGUACUCCAAUUGACUUAGCCGCUGUGCAUUUUAAUCAAGUAGUCCAGCCCGAAAGCCCGGCUUUGUUGCCCACAAAAGCAAACUCAAGCAUUACUGAAUCCAACAGCCUAUCUGAAACUUACAAUCCGCAAUCACAUAUCUCUUCCCCUGUUGAUUCAUUACUUGAUGCUGUCUCUUCUCCCGAGUUUUCAAAUAUCAACAUGGCUGAUUCUAGCAACAACUUUGGUUUUGUGAAGCAGCCUUUGGUGCAAGAAUAUAAUGGAAGUACUAUUACACCUAAUGGUUUAGUUGUCUCUUCUGGUGCAAGUAUCAAAGUUGAUCCAGCUAAUGAAAUAAUGGACACUUUCAUUAGGGGUAGGCCUUUGCCUCAGAAAGGAAAGUUAUUGCAAGCUGUGAUGGAUGCUGGUCCAUUGCUUCAGACGCUUCUAGUUGCAGGUCCUAUGCCCCGGUGGCGAAACCCCCCUCCUUUGCAGCCCUUCAAAAUCCCACCAGUUUCAAUCAGAGGCUGCGAAGCUGCUGUGAGUUUUAACAACCAGAAACCAGUGGGAAAUCCUACCUAUGUGGUACAUAAGACACAGAACUUAACAUCAUAUCCUGAGAUGACUCGCAGCUUUUCUCAAACUUGUUCAGCUGCCAUGUUGAACUUCAACAAUGUCAGUCCUGCUGUUUCAUACCUAAACAAUUCAAGAAUGUCGAGUUCAACUUCCAGUUUUGAUCACCAAAUCCCAAUUGCCAAGCGGCAUAGGCUUCAAUGAGGUUUAGUCAGAAGUUUUCUUCUUUUUGUGUAAGAAUCAAGUUUGAGGGAUUGAUGGUGUAAAUGGGUGAUACUUUUUUC